AACACGGAAGUCGCGGAAGACAUAAUAACAGGACAAGACUACUGAGGAGCAGUGAGAUCAGCUUUCUUGGCAAAAUGGGUCGUCACUUUGGAGAUUUGGCCAAAAUAAGGCAUGUGAUUACCUACAGUAUUUCCCCCUUUGAGCAGAGGGCAUUCCCAAAUUACUUUUCCAAGGGAAUCCCUAAUGUGUGGAGACGAUUCAAAGGAUCUGUGUUCAAGGUGGCACCCCCCAUGAUCCUGAUGUACCUGACCUAUACAUGGGGCAAUCAUGUUCAUGAACAAAGCAAAAGGAAGAACCUUGCAGACUUUGAGCAGUGAAAACUGAUUACUGACAUGUUGCCAUUGUUAAUGACUUGGUGGCUGUAAACCAUGUUUAAUAAAUGAUCAACACUAACUGA